AUUUACGAUUGUGUGUUGUGCUGGAGCACGAUCUCUAAUCCACCGCGACGAUUGCAACAGAAUUCCAUUCUUUAUAAUAUUCCCAUCAUAUGGUACGGCAGUGAGCAAUAUUGACAACACCGUGAAUAAUGUCCCUCAAAUAAUCUCCUUUGACGUCAUGUGAUUCUCUAUGGAAGUUUCAGACAACAAAAUUACAGUACCGGGCUUUGAGAAGUUCAGUACUGUCCAGGAUAUUCUGGAACAAAACAAGAUCUUGAUUAACGAGAUCAACACAAAUCACGAUUUGAGGACUCCAGAAGCCUUGGCCAGGAACGUUGUUCUGAUCCGAGAGCUCAACAACAAUACAGCAAAGGUGGUGGAGCUGUACAAGGAUAUCAGUGCUUCCUUUGAGGAUUUGGGCAAGGAGGGAGAUGGAAAUAGCGCCCCAACACCCACUAGCGCCGCAUGAUCCUCUUUGAUCAAGCUCGUGAUGGGAAGGAGCACUUGGAUCAGCAGGUGCAGGAUUGCAGUGCCAGUUGCAGGACAAAGCAGGCAAAAGAGCUAGGGCCAAAGUCCAUGGCCAGAGGACCUGUCAGGGAGCAAGUACUUGGUCUGAGUGCUUGCUGGCAUGAUCCUUGGGCGCUGCGUCUAACACAUUGGAAUGUCCCCUUAAGACCUUUUAAGGAUCAAAGUCGAUUCUUUCUGCGACGUGAAGUGUCAAGAUUGGCUGCUUGACUUCCUAAUGCUGGCGGCAAAUAACACAAGACGUUGAAAAUGGUAUGAACCCUCAGACAAAUAGUAUUGUAUCUUCUGAGGCAGACAUUUUGUUAAUGUUGUUGUAUUGAAAGGUCUCCACGUUUCCACACCCAAUGUGUUGCAAUAUGUUUGCAGCGCUUUCGAGGUGCGCGGUGUACUGAAGACUCUCUAUAUACUAUGCUUGCAAUAUGCCUUCUGGAU